AUGGCCGGUACAGGUAUUUACCGCAACUCCAACAGCCCAUACGCCAACAGCAGCAGCAACAACCAAAUAACAGACCCAUCCACUCCCGCCGUCUCCGCUUUCACAUCAGACAACGUUUCAGAGAUAACUUCCCCUUCAGCGGCAGGAAACCAUGAUUUCGCCAAAGACAACUUGAAGCCAAGGUCCAGGACCGCGACCAUGGUCUCUGCCCAGACCACCACGCAGUCUCUCGCUCUCUACGAUGCUGUCUCCGUCUUUGCCAUUCUUCCCGCUGUACCAGAAUCAUAUUCCCCCGAACUAGCCCCGACGAACGCGCACGAACAUGAUGGUCUCCAGCCGCUUUCGACGUAUUAUAUCCCCCAUGAAUAUGUUGAUGUUAACGGGGUGAGGAAUAAGGGGUUUGCGCCUGUGGUGCCUGGUGGUCAAGGUCAGGGUCUUUUGAAGUUAUCACCGGCGGAUGGUGAUGGGCAUGGGCUUGGGCAUGGGCAAAGGGUAUGCGGCUUGAAACGGUCCAUGUUUGUGUUUCUCGUCUUGUUGGCGAUAAUAAUAGGUCUGGGAGUGGGAUUGGGAGCUGGGUUGGGGAUGGGGUUGAAGGGGAGUUGUGCCAAAAACUCGGGGACGGGGUUGGGGGGUGCUGGAGCUGGAGGGGGAGGGGGAGGGGGAGCUUGUCCUGCUUCACCAACUAGCACGUCGCCGUCAGAUAAUAGCAACGGCAACUCCCAAACAUCUACUUCGUCUACUGCAGCUGCGCCGUCCGCUUCCAGCACCGACACCACCAACAGCGACCCCGACACCGACACCGACACCAACAGCGCCGUCGCAGGCAUUCCCCAUCUAACCUGCCCCUCCUUCAAUGACACCAUCUUCGCCUCCCCCCUUUUGCCCUCCUCCUCAUCCUCCUCCUCUUCUUCGAAAAAGAAAUAUAAAAUCCUCUGCGACACCAACCUAUCCCAAAACCCCCUCAAGCAAGACCUAGCAUCAGGUUUCGUCACGCAGACCCUCGAAGAAUGUUUUGCGGUAUGUGAUGCCAUGAACUUUUACUUGAAGAGGGGAGAUGUGAGCGCCGUGUGGAAUUAUGCGUGGGAAAAGGGGCCCGGGAGGGGGGGGUGUUGGUGUGUGGGGAAAAAGGGCGUGGAGGGGGGGGAUGCGAGUGGUGGGAAAGGGAAUGGGGGUGGUAAUGGGGGUGGUAAUGGGUGGAAGGUGUUUAAGGAGAAUAAAGGGGUCCGCUAG